AUGUCCGCCUAUAAGCUCAUGGAGUUACUGGCAUCUCAAGGUGACUACCGUAAAACAAAAUCCUCUGCGCAGAUUGUGGUGGAAUCUAUGAUAUCGCUAACUUCCCGUUACAUAAGAAGGAUUCGAGGUCUCGCCUACUGGGUAGGAUUCCCUACUGGGAGGAUAGCUUUCGGGAGCGACGACGCGGUGCGUGGAGGCGGGAGAGGGUUGGCGCCGGCGGAGGCGGGGGGCGGCGGGCCGUCCAAGGUCUCGAAGGCCGGCCCGGCUCGGCCCAGCGCGAGCACUCCGCAGCGGGCGGCGGCCCGCGCGGGCGAUCGGCCUCCCCCCACCCCCCCCCCGCGGCGUGUCCGGGACAACCGGCAGCCGGGCGCGCGCUGCGGCAGCGUGCACCUCAAAACAAGCCGCGCCAGCCGCCGCCGCCGCGUGGGGCUUCGGGGGCGUUCGUGCGCGCUCGGAGGUUUCGGCGAACGAAAGCCGCGGCCGCCGCCGCCGCCGGCCGCCGGCCGCACGCGCCGCCCGCGCCGCCGCCGCCGCACACGCCGCCGCGCGCGGCCCUCAGGUCCGCUGCGCUUCCCGCGAGGUCGCUUGGCCGCCGCCGCCGCCGCCGACGGCCGCGCCAGCAGCCGCGUUGUGCGCGUUGUGGCGUCCGUGAGUUGUGUGGUCCGCCGGGCGCAGUGCCCGCGAGGGUUUUGGUGUCUGUGUCUGGCCAAUGCGAGCAGCGUGGCGCGCCAGUGUGACAGCCAGCGUGUCGCGGUUGGAACGUUUGGUCGCGGUGGUGGGUGUGCGGGGCGACGCAGCCGCAAGGGCGACGGGGCGACGCGGAGCAGUCGCGCGGCGGAGGGGCGGACGGCGCACGCCACGACGACCACCGCCGCCAGGAAGUCGGUGCGCCGCCGCCGCGACUCAAGCUGCUGCAUGAUAGAGUUUUCUGGAACUUGCCCGUAUUCCACGCCGCCGUGUGCUCCCAUGGCUACGGGACGCGGGGGCUCCUCUUGGCGCUUGCCUGCCCUCCACGCUCCCGCCACACAUGCGCUCGCCUCUCCGGCCUGCAACUUUUACUUUCGACGUCUCAGGACGGAGGUAUAUUUAGCGGCGCUGUGGUGGCCUGUCGAAUCCCGAAAACGCGAGGCGGCGGGGGCGUGGCCUGGCGGGGCGGGCAACCCUUCGCUCGUAUUAAUAGCUCGGGGUGGGGGGGGGUGGGGCGUGGUGACAGGGUGCGUCGGGGACCCGGGCGCCGGCGCGAGCUUCUUUCUGCAACGGCCGCGCAGCCCACGCGUCAACAUGUCUGUCAUGUUUGGAGGAAACUGA